CACCCUCACCCUCACCCUCACCCUGCAAUCCCCCUUUUCUUGCGAACGAUGUUGUCGUCGUGUCAGUCGCUUCCCUUUUCUCUUCGCUCUUGCUGACCCUCUUUCUCUUAUAUACCCUCCCCACCAAAAGGUCCCUCAGUUCUCAAGUAAACCCAAUCCAUAAUGCCCAAGCGAAACAAGACCGCCCGUGCAGCCGCCGCGGCCCCUCCUCGUCAUAACUCCUCCGACUCUGAGAACUCGGACAUCGAGGAUCGUUCGCACUCUCGCACCUCAACCUCCUCGGUCGAGGAGGAUCAUGUCAAGGAGCAGAACGGCCACGCCCACAUCAGCACCACACAGAAGGACAGCUCGGUUAGCUUCAUCAGCCGCGUGAGCUCCAUCCCCCUGAUCCACGACAGUGUCACGACCUUGCACUCCUAUGCCAAGGACAACAAGUACGGCCGCUAUGCGCUCGAUACCGCCGGAUCUGCCGUCGAGACCGUCAACAAGUACACAGAGGGCUAUCAAAGCCGUCUCCAGCCUCACCUUCAGCCCCACAUUGCCAAGGUCGACCAGCUGGCCACCAAGUCUCUGGACCUCAUCGAGGGAACCUUCCCUAUUGUUACAAAGCCCACAUCCGAGAUUGUGACCCAGGUCAAGAAGCCCAUCGUGUACGUUGAGGAGUCAUCCAAGAACGCCUAUACCCAGAUCCAGUCGACCAUCGAUACCCGUGUCACCGCCCCUGUCAAGUCGGUCACCUCAAGCAUCGCCUCUACUGCCUCUUCGACGGUCAACAGCAUCACUUCCACUGCUGUCUCGACCCGCGAUCAGAUCACGACCGCUGCGACCUCGACUGCCAACAACAUCACCACAGCGGCCACGUCGACGGCCACCAACAUUGCCACCAAGGUCAACACUCAUGCUACCCCCUUGGUUGAUGGCCUUGAGACAAUCGUCAACCGUUACUUGCCUAGUGAUGCCGAGUUCGAGAAGACUUCCGUUGUUCAGACCAACCAGGCCACCCGUGUUGUCGACAUUGGUCGAUCUGUCUCCCUUCGUGUCACUCGCCGCGUCAGUGUUGCUGUGGCUCCUGUCACCAAGUCCGCCAAUGACUUGCGCACUGCUGCCGAGAAGAAUACCGUUGUUGUCAAGUCCAAGGACCAGCUCAACGCCUUGAACACCCGUCUCACUGCUCUCCUCGAGUCUCUUCGUGUGCACUCCAAGGAGCUCCAGGAGAAUGUUCAGAAGGCCCCCCGCGAGGCCUCUAGUAAAGUCCAGCUGCGUGUCUCCGAACUGAGCACCAAGGUACUUUCCGAGAUCGACUCGCUUUCAUCCUACUUGAAGGAGCACAGUCCUGCAUUGCCCGAGUUCGUCCAGGUCCGCCUUCAGCCCCUGGUGUCCUUUGUCAACGACCGCUACGUUGUUAUGAAGGGCGAGCUUAGCAAGAAGGACGUUUCUGCUGUUCAGAAGGCACGCAACAUUCUCCACAUGACCACCGAGGAGACUUUGCCCAUCUUGCAGAACGCUGCUCAGGAUAUUCGUGAGUCUUUGACCAACUAUCAGGUCAAGGCUCAGGAGAGUGUUCACAAGGGUCUGAUCAAGGUCCAGGAUGUCAACUCUUCCGUACAUCUGGCUGCUGCCCGUGUCUACCACUCUGCACGAGUCAUCCUCGUUGGAAAGUAGACAUGUCUUAUUCAGUUAGCUUUUCUUAUUUCAUUUAAAUAAAACUUAAGAAAAAAAUGG